CUCUCACGGUGGUUGCCGAGCGACUGGACGCACUUGCUGAAAGUAAUGUAAAAAGAAAGUAUUGUGAUUGCUGACAUGAAGUGAAAGACAUGCCAUAUCUACCAGCCAGACAGUGACGCCACCCCCCACCUACAGCUGACACAGACUGACGGGACACGACACUGAUACACGAUGGAGUUAGAAGAAAUAUACCAACCCUCCACUAACGACAAGGUCACUGACCUUGAGAAGGACCUCCGCACUGAGUUAGCUGACCUGAAGAGUGAACUCGAGGAAAAUGAAAUAAUUCAUGGAAUCUCACCCAAGUUCUCAGUCAGCUCAGUGCCGAUACCUAGCAGUGUGGAGCACUUCCGCCGUGAGAGAAAGAUGAUCAUUAAGAGAGCCAUGCAGGUGAGCGAGGCCCAGCCACUGAGGGUGCAGGCUGACCUGAUGAAGACGGAGAUGAUGAACGCUGAAGCCCCUGAAUACACCCCACAGAGUCUUCCGCUGCUUCUUCAUCAGUAUUUCACGGAACGUAUUCAGCAGCUGGUUCAGUGCAAGCACCUGCACAUGCUGAGAUGGAAGAGAUUCUGUGAACACACCAGCACUAUUGAAGCCCUCUACCCACUUUAUCAGAAGAAACUGAGUCACAUCCUGAACGAGUACCACGACUGCGUGCAACGCGCCCAGCGUCUCAGUGUGGCCAGGGAGAGUCUACUGGAGGGCAAGGAUACUCCCAUCACCGCCAUCAAGAUGGAGGACCUGCUCAUCUAUCUCCGCUGGCUCAUCUGCAACCUCCACUCUGUCAAGCAGUUCAACCAGUACCUCAGGGUUCUCCAGUGGUUGCCAGUGAGUCACCAGUCGGAGAUCGCACCUCCAGACAUGGACAAAGUGGAACAGGAGGAGAUAACAGGUGCUUCCCGCUUCGCAUCCCGUUACGAUGAUGGUAUGGGCCUCUUCCCUGGAAGUCGUCCUCGCUCAGGACCCGCAUCCAGACCAAGUUCUGCUGCUUCCAGCCGCUCUUUGUCAACCCCCAUCCCUGCCCCACCUCCCAUCAACCUCACCCUCCUCUCCACCAACCCCCUCGCCUCAUCCUCCAUGCUGUAUGCUGCUGCUGCCUCAGGAGGUGGUCUGGCAUCAGAUGAACACAACCUGUGUCUGCCCCGUCAUGUGACGGACUUCGACGCCUUGAAGCCACAACUUGCCUUCCUAGUCAACAUCUACGGCAUCCAGUUUGACUUGGACAGCAUCCGCAGCACUGCGGAUGAGAUGGAGCUGUUUGCUGCCAUCAACCGCAGGUUCAAGCACAUCUUCAUCAAGCAAGAACACAUGAACACCUUCAAGAUGUAUGACAGGGUUGAGGGCGGGCAGGAUGCGUGGGGAUCAGACUCCCCGAACCACGCCCUCCUGAAGGAUGCCAACUGGCAGUCCUUCAUCACUCUCAAGUCAAAUCGGGAUUCAACUCAGGAGAAGAGAUGGACACAGCUCCGACAGACCAACAACGUUGAUGAGGUUCUGAGAGUACAAGCUCACUUCCUCCAUGUCACUGAUGCAGAGACAGUUCAAGACACCCUGCGCCAGCAAGCAGGCAUGGUGCGCGAUCCUCCGCAUGUGCAAGCUGCUUCUGUGACGUCGCACCGCACCCGUAGCAACACCACGCAGGUGUGGAAAAAGAUAUACUCAAACCCAGAUCUGUACACUGAUGCUGAGAGACAGGAUCAGGCCAGCCCUCAGGAUUUCGAUGAGAGGGAAUUGGAGAACGUCAACUUCAGUGGGAGUCAGGCCAGAGCUUCUAGUGCUCGUAAAAGGAAGGACAGUUACGAUUACGUGAACACGGUGCAAAUGCUGGGUCUCGAUGAAGGAGAGCAUGACCAGAGUGCCACUGUCAACAUCCAGGGGGCGUACCUCUCCUUCCUUCAGCUGAGGCAUCUGAGGCUGCGAGAUCUACGCAGAUCGUGUCUCAGCAUCAUGAACUAUUUCCGCUCCAUCGAGAGAACCCUGACCAUCAACGAUGGUGGACUGUCACAUGAAUCAGGCAACGUGAAGAGGCAAAGCCCGCAGAACCAUCGUCGCAACACGGAGACGGAGGGUACAGUUGGUGGCGGCGGUGGUCUUGGGUCUCACAGCUACCUCCACAACACACCAGCUGACUUCAAAAUGAGUGAAUCAGAGUUUAUAGAAUUCUCAGAGGUAGAAAACCACGAUGACUUCUACACCAUUGAGGAGGGUCGCAUCCACGUCGUGGACCAGAGAGGUUACUACAUCAUGUAUGACAUGGCCGUCUCAGAUGUUGAAAACAGGGAGAAGGACUUCAUGCUGAUAGCCACACACUUCAUAGAGAAGGACCGAGAUCUUCGCAUUGCCACUAGGAUCAAACUCAGCGAGUCAUCUCGACGACGAUCGCAAAAUAGUGCUGGAGACUUUGACAUAGAGAGCUACGCCCAUCAGGAACUGGACCGGUUUGGGGUGAUGCUUGACUUGUGGAGCAACGAGGCUUCCUUCCUCGAGUGUAAGAGAGAGCUCCUCGACUGUUACUUUGAAGCCUACCAGCAUGUGUUUGACCGUGACGAGCGCAGGUCACUGGCCCAGGUCAUCACCGACAUUAUACACAAGCAGCCGAGGUUCGACUUCAGCUCAGCCUACUUUGUGAAAACCUACAGGGCAGAGUGUGUUCUACUGAGACAACAGGCCACACUUGUCAAGACCAUUCUGGACAAACAGAUUGAGGAGCAGAGGGAGUACACGCAGAGGGUGUGUCGAGAUGGGGACACAGAGUUCGGGUUGCCGUACAGGAUCGUACCCAAACAGCCGGUCUCCAUCAACCUCAGCAGACCUGCCCUGAAGAAUGUGUUCAUGCUGGAGUUCCACCCUACGCUGGCCGUAGCCAGCAGGAUCCCAGAGGCCCUGGAACAUGCGUUCUGGGAGCUGAUCCACAUCCACAAGCCGGAGACCGUGUUCGACACGCUGAUGAUGGAGAAGAAGCUGCUGGAGGUGGCGCAGCGAGAGUGGGACAGGAUGGAGAACAUGGGGGCCUCUUACUCCCCCCAGCUUCAGAAAGAUCUGUUCUCGGACGUGUACUGUGACGACCCGCUGUUCCUGUGUGAGAUCGCCCAGAGCCUGGUCACCCAGCAGGACCAGGAGGGGGGCAGCCGCAGGUCAACCAAGGAGAAACAACUCGGCAUGGUCAACGUGCUGUCCAGGGUCAUGGAGACGGUCACACUGAGAUCCAGAUUGAUGGAUGCUGCAUGGGAGACAGAGAUCCUUUCAAAGAUCUACCGCCAACAAGCUUCGGAGAUGAACUUCCCUGACUGUCACAUGUACCUGCGGCCGAUUCAGUUCGAGUUCGCCUCCUUCAAAGACAACGCUAAGAAACCUCCACCUAUCUUCAUCACCUCUGUCCAGGGAGACGAAUCCUCCUUUGAAAGAUACACCCCCCAGAACAACGUCAUCUUCCUAGCUAUCCAUGAGCUGGAUGAGGGGCAGGUGGGAAGGUUUUCAUUCCGCAGUCGGGACGGAAUCUUACAGAUCCUGCGUCCCGGGGGUAUGGAGAACCUACAGGUGGUGUUGAAGGCCCAGACUGUUCACAAGAAUGCCCUCAUCUCUGCCGUCCAGCAGGCCAACGUGUGUCAGCCAGUCAGACAGCAGGACUGGAAGAGUGGGCGUGCCAGCCCCACCGAGACAAAGAGUGAGAAGUCGUCUAUGACACAGUUCACCAGCAUCUCCAGCGGGACGGGGGGUACAGGGCUUGCCUCUAAACACCAGUCCGAGACUGGGAAGCACCGCCGCUCACCUGAAGCCUUCAUCUCCAUGCAGCUGGAGAAGCGUCCGAGCCGUGACUUGAUGCUGAAUGACUACAUCCAGAAGAAGCAGCAGAUGGGCACCGUGUUGCGGAACCCCGAGGAACAAGAGAAACUGAAGCGGCGCCUGAUAUCGGAGUACUGCAUGAACUUCUCACAGCGGGUGUCCCAGUACUCUCUGAGGGGGCAGAUCAUUGCCUACUACAACAGCGUACUCCGCCUGCUUGAGGAUUUCCCUGCAGUCAGGGACACAUACUUCAUGCGAGGGGAAGUGAAUGAGAAGAAGAUGGACACCGAUGACCUCAAGGGAAUGGUGCCUGAUGCAAAAGUGUUAAAGACCAGACCACGUCGACUGUUAUCCCCGGACGGCCGCCAUGUCCUCAACCUGUGGUUUAUCCCCCAUCACACCGAGGUGUUGAUCAUGUUUAAGACAAUGGAUGACAGUGAAUGUGUGCGAGCGUUGCAGUACACGCUGGCUAUCGUUGCCGCGCAGCACGACAUGCUGCACUACCUGUGUGCACACUCACGACUCGGCAGUUCCCACGCAAGACUCGGCUCCCAGAAGAUGGAGUUUGUGUCUGCAGACUGGGGCGGAACAGAAGGAAUUGGUGCUGAGCUGCGUGAGAUUCAGAAACAGAUCAACAACUUACCCGACCCCACCAACCCUGGCACUGUGGUGGAGUUCCUCACGCUACGCCGGGACGUCAUGUUCCUGGAGUUCGACACUGCCGUCCGACACUACAUGGCCGACACUUUCCUCUCCACGGGCAACCAACAGGGCUUCCAGGCCAUCACGGAGAACAUGUACCAUGCCCUGCCCGCCCUCAGCAACGUCCAGCGGACCAGUCUGACCAGUGCCUACCUGUCCGUGCCGGAACCCCUGGAGCCCCGCGACCUCCUGGCCAGGAAGCUGUACCCCUGGAGGUCCUUCGUCUGCCAGAACGGCCCCCACCCACUCAUGUUCUGGCAGUGGCAGCAGAUCGACUUCCACAUCCAGGGCUGUCUGGCUGGACUCAAAGAUGUAGACAGGCAUGUGGCUAACGGGGAGAUCCUGGGGGUGACGCUGCUGAUGGAGGAUGUGCUACAGACAGGCUACCAGGACACGCUCCUGGAGGCAGCUGCCCCUGAAGAUGCAGAUGUCAAGUCUAUAGCAGACACGACCGAGUCCAGAUGCACCAGCGCUGCUGGUGAGAGCAGAGAAGGCAAGAAGGCUGCAGCAGCCCAGCCGUCCAAGAGUUUGUCACGAACCCAGCAGCCUAUGGAUGCCUACCGACUCCUCAAGUCUUUCCUCAAGCUGUGGAAGUGUCUGGAGCUGGCCAAGGUAGAGUGGGGCCGACGCAAGCUGAUCGUGGAGAGGAUAGAGACCCAUCACCUGUACAAGGAAUACUGCAAACUGUACCGUAUGGAGGUGUUGCUGCCGGUGCUGCAGAGCGUGGCUCGACGUCUGGGUCAGGGCGACUUGUAUGAGGGGCUGGUGCUAGAUACGGACAUCCUCGUCAUGCCUAAAGGGGCCUCAGAGAUUGAAGUCCGAGCUAAACAGCUUGUGCGUCUGUUUGAGAACCUUGAAUGUCACAUGAUCAACGAGGUUCGCAAACGAGUUGCGAAGGAAUCGACCCUUGCUCUGUCAGAGAGAUCUCGGGAAGAGGGUGCUCUGUCCACUGACCUGUGGAAGAAGCCGGUGAUGAAGGAGAGUUACACCAUCACACGGCCGCACGUUGUGGAGAACUUUGUGGAAGAGCUGAUGACCGACUGCUGGGAGUCUGGGGAAGAGAUCACCUUCAACAGGUCUCACCUGUACUCCAGUCUAGCAAGCCUCGCCAGGGGAGUGAUGGGCCGGGAGAAGUUGGCCUUUGAGAGCUACAGCAUGUACUAUGAGAACCUGCUCCGAGUCAACCACCAGCUGCUGUACCAGAGAGAACAGGAAAUCAAGCAGAUGCGUGAGCAGUUGAAGGGGUCACAGCACACGGCCAGCGUGGACGUCCAGUGUCAGCUGGCCACACAGGCACAUGACCUGCUCAUGGAGAUUACAGCACUGCGAGCGAAGAUAGCGGAGAUGCGAGAGAUGCUGAUGACACAGGAGCGAGAUGUUCGGGACCGGAUCAGGUCUGAGUACGAGGACUUGGUACAGAAUCUCUUCAACUGCACCUUCCAACUGCGGGGCAAGUUUGACGAGUUCAAAGAUGUGUUGUACGACGAUGUGUUUGAGAAGAUCAGCCAGACCAGGCGGGAGGCCGUGGAGGCCAUCAGCAAACUGGAGAAGAAAGUCGGUGGUGGAGGAGGAGAUGAUGAGCGUAUGAAUGAGAACCUGAGUCAGUCGGAGAAGCUGCGUAGUCUGCAGCACGAGAACCACACCCUCAACAACCUGGUGCUGAAGAUGAAGACCAUGACUAGCUGGAGACAGAACCACUCCACCAACAACUUCCUCAAAACUAUUGGUCGUCUGCGUAACCAUGCCGACAACAGCAAGAAGGAGUACAUCGAGGUGAAGAUGAUGGCGGAGGAAGAGGUGAUUCUGCUGCGGCAACAGCUGAUGGCCGUCAAGAAGGCGCUGGCUGAUACAGAGAGGGAGGGAGAGGACAUCAAGAAGCAGCUGGACAAGGAGCUGAAGAUGAAGCUGGAGAAGCAGCAUGAGAUCAUGCAGAAGGAACGCAGCAAGAGACAGCUGGAGCAGGCCAAGCAAGCCAACAUAGAGAAACUGCUUGAUGAGCUGGAGGAUAAGGAGGUGCGACUUCGGAUUCUGUCGGACGAGCAGGAACGGAAUGUCCGCCUCCAGAGCAUGACCCAGGAGAAGGUCCGGAAGGAUGUGACCUGCAUCAAGAAACAGCUGACCCACGAGAGGAACCUCAAGCUGGAUGCCUUCCAGCGUGUUGAUGAACUGCAGGCUACGGUGUAUGACUACGAGACCGUUGUGAAUCGUUCCCAGUCCUCCGCUGCUCUUCAGCCGCCAGUUCCAUCUGCCAAGAUACGGUCCCGGGCAAUGUCGGCAGGCGUGACAGGUCGGCGGCCGGUGGUGCCUGGAAGUCGGGGGACAUCAGCCGGGGGUAUGUGGCCCCCCCAGAUCACGUGGCCGGGUAACCGCAGCCCGACACCCGUUGGGGACAACCUCCUCAACAACUUGGACUAUAAGAAGAUGCAGAGACCCAAGACUUUAAUGAGAGCCAAGGUGGGCGGACGAUUACGCAGUCGGAUUGCUGAACAGUUGCUGAACGAGUUCGAAAGCGACCACCAUCAAACCAUCGUCCAGUUGGAGGAACUACAGCUGGGGGAUGGAAGACCAUAGGGGACAUAACUUUGACUAUGUAUGACAGGCCAUCAGGGCCAUGAUCUAUGUGUGUGCUAUGGUAGAACAGGGUGUUACACCAUCAUAGAAGAAGUCUAAUUGUACAGGGUGUGUACGAAGUCUCUGGGCUGAGGUGGGCUUGUGGUUGUUGUAAGUUGCGAUAAUGUUACAAUAAUAUUACAAUAAAGUUACAAAUCGGGUGAUUUAGAUCCAUGUAAGAGACAAGAGUACCAACUACCACACAAUCUACAUCCUGGAUUUACAUCGCGCGAUUUUGAUUGGACUAUGCAUAGACUCGUUAGUCCAGCCAAGAUGUAACUCCAUAAUUCCAGCCUAGUUCGGCAAGGGUGGAAACUGGACUUUUAUAUUCAGGUAACUCCCUUGCCUCGGGAAGAUGUACAUUGCCCCUCUCAGAGGCUUGUGUUUUGUAGGCUGUGUUCCCUCAGUGGAAGGAGUGGCAUGGCAUAGGUGAAUCUCAGCUUUAUGAUUUAGCUGAUGGUGUUUAAACUGCAGUCAUAUAGAUUGUGUGCUGUAUAUGGUGUACUCCUUUCAACUCCAAUUCUGAAACGCUCUCUAGAGUACACAUCACAGGAUAUACAGGUCACAGGCUAUUCAAUAUCACUGGAAACUUUGAUUAAAUUAAAUCAAUCAUACCUUGCGUCUCGUCAAGGAGACACUUUCAAUAUCAUUGACCUAAUUUAUGUUUAGUACUGACACUGAAAGUCUUAAAGUUGACUUGCUUGUGAAUGUAGUAGCUGCAAUUCAUCUUGGAAGGUGACAGAAUUUCUGCUAAUGCUUGUCGCUCUCAUUAAACUGUCAUCACUGUGAUAUUGUAUCAUGCAUCUCUCUGUGUAAAUAUAUUUAUAGCUCAGUGCUUCUGUAUUUCUUUCAACAGAAGUAAUGUCAUUUUAACAAACUUUGUACAGAUUUGUUAUUUGCUAAAAUGUUUGAACGCCAAAGGACAGUGUCCAUUUUUAUGCAGCAUUAUUCCAUUGUCAAUUUUACCAUUUUUUGAAGUAUCAGUUUCUUGAUGCAAAUCUGUGAUACAUAGAUAUGUUUCAAUAUGUUCCAGGAAUAUAUGAAAACCUUUAUUGAAUAUUAACUGUAUUUACACUUUCCAAGUAUAAAAAGUGGCAACUCCCAUGUUUUUAUUCCAACUGUUACUUUGACACUAUGUUGUUGUUUUAAUCUUUGCAAGUGUUAAGUGGUCAUAGACUGAAUGAGAAUUGUGCACAUGGUGUAGUAAUGAACAAAGCUCUUGGAACCUUUUGUCUCGAGAACUGUCUGAUUAUUGUUAUUGUUCUGUCUAUUUUUUUAGCAGUAAUUCUAAUAUUAAAUAGUUGUAGAAAAUGGCUCCUAGAGAAGCCACAAGUCUUCAGAUCCCUUGAGAUUAAACAUGCUCAUGAAACCCUAGAACUAUAAGUGUCAUUUUAACCACUUGCACUCAAGGAGCCUCAGAGAGCCCUUCAUGAGUAAGAAACACUUUGAGUUCCUUGGAGCACAUCCUGUGGCAUAAGAUUCUCCAGGUAGUGUCUUCCAUAGCCUCUCUUCAAAAAGUGUGAUAGAAAAAUACUUUGGAUGCAGAGUUGCAUCCCUUAGGCAUGCCAGGAACCUGUGAUCAUAGUUUUUAAUCCCAGAUUUGCCCAGUAAUGUUCCUUGGUUUGUGAGCAGAUAAAACAUGGAAACAAAGCAAUUUCCUGUUUUAAAUAUUUUGAUAAGGGCUCUUGGGACUCAUAUUUAUGAUCCCUCUCUGAAAACUUUAAGCAUGGUUUUUGGAAAGACUUAUUAAUUUCCCUUUAUUAAAAAUUUGAUGGAAUAAAGGACCCUUUCAAUUCACUUUCAAUAUCACUCUUUGAAUACUUAACAUGUGGCACCAACUUAACUUGUUUGUGUGCUGUACAAUAUGACUGUGCCUAUCAAAUCUGUGAUACAGUCUGCUCAUUGCUAAUGUGUAUGUGCAACAUGUCAGUUUGUGAUUUGAAUAUGAUUGAUUACUUUUUCUCAACUCUUUAAAUUUGUUAUUGUUUGAGAAUAUCUAAAACUCCCUAUCUACCAUACGUUCCUGAAGUUCUAUCUCAGCCUUCACACAUGAUGUUGACAAGACGGUGUUCAGCUAGACGAGUGUUCAUCAUUGGUCAUGCUUUGUUCAUCUCGUUCCCUCUGCAAUAACUCUAUUCCUUUGACUUUGAGCGUUUACCAAAGUUUGAUAAAGAUAUGGUGCAUGAGUUUGUCGGAUAUUUUGAUCCAUUUAUGUCUUUUGAUAAUUGGAGUUUUGUUGAUAAGUUAUUCUUUAAUUUAUUCAGUUAAUGUCAAGGUCACCUUGAAAGGUUGUGUCAACAGCAGUGACCCUUGUUUCAGCACCAGACACCAUAAUCUGUAUUUGUUGAUUUAAGGCUACUGUCACUAAAUCACUGACCCCACGCAGCUAUUUCGUCCCACACCCCUCACUGACGGUAUUACAUGCAGUGUUUGAAAUAAGUGCCUGACUGUAGGCCUGUGGCAGGUAGUUGUGGUGUCGGGCCCAUAAGUUUCAAAUGUGUAUGGGUCCUUAUGGCCUGCCGUAAAUUUACAUGUCGAUGUAUUUAUCACAAUAAGCUGCAGUUUAUUAAUGAGGGCCUGAAGAGUUUAGUCAGGGCCUGCAGCUUCUAAAGUCUGUGGGUUCUGGUGGCAGCCUGGCAAUUUUUAAAUUUCAUACUCUGAUCAUAUGCCAAACCUGAAACCAGGUUGGACCUGUUCAACAGAGGUCAAUUGAGGUCACUUCUGUUUGCAACUUCAUGUAUUUGCAAUAUGAUUAUACCACUCUUAAAGGUGAUUGAAAAGUCCUCAUGAAUCACACUCCGUCCCUGUAUAUAUGUCAAAAAGGUAUUGUUGGUGUAUCAUAUCAUGUUGGGAGUCUGAUCCGGAACACAAUGUUUGAAGGUGCUGAAUCUUCUCGGGUAGUGACUGUGCCUAUAUUCAUGUGACAGUUUCAGAUUACAGGCAAUGGUAGCAACAUUAUAUUCCACAGCCAUUACUGCCUCCUUUCAAUUUCAUUGCAUAAAAUUUCUGUUUUUUGUUUGCGUUUCUGUGAGUAGUUCCUGUGGCAUGUCCACAGUGGGUUCCUGGGUCUCAAUAGAUGUCCUCUUGCUUGAAAGAGCCUACUAAUGAGGUCAGGUGAUUAUUGUUUUUGAAUUUAUUCUUAUUUUUGUUUAACGCCGCACUCAGCAAUAUUCCAGCUAUAUGACAGCGGUCUGGAAAUAAUCAAGCCUGGAACAUACAGUGAUUGACAUCAUGAGCAUCGAUCCACACAAUUGGGAUAUGAUGACAUGCAUCAACCAAGUCAGCGAGUCUGGCCACCCGAUCUCGUUAGUCGCUUCUUACGACAAGCAUAGUUGCCUGUUACGGCAUGGGUUGCUGAAGUCCUUUCCUAACCCGGAUCUUCAUGGGUCAUCGUUAAGUGAAAUUGGGUUUACUGUUAUGUGCAAGAUUAUGCACAUGUGUAUAUAUGUGUGUGGCUGCUUGUACUAGUCUGGACUAAUGCCCGGUUUAUGGUGCUAGCCCACUGAGAUACCAUGCCACAGUUUAACAUGGAUACCCCACUCAGACACAGUAUACUGACUCCGAGCUGACCAGUCCUUGUCUUAUCCCCUUAAUGCUGAGGACCAGACAGGGUAACAUCAAGUAUCAUCUUUUAACGUCUUUUGGUAUGCCAUGGUCAGGGAGCCAAUCUCCGGCAGACGCUUUAUCCACUACACCACGGGUUGGUGAGCUGGCUAAUGAGGAUCAGGUGGUGACAAGGCUGACUGUGUGACUGUGCCCCAAAAAUGGUGCUUGUGGUCAUGCUAUCAACCAUUUGUUUUAUGGCCAAAACAUGAUUAUGUUUAUGCUGAAAUGAUAUAGCUUAAAUAUUGCUGAGUGCUGCAUAAAACAAAGUUGACUCAUUCACUCUGGGAAAUGUGUCCCCAUAAUAUUGAAUAUAAUCUGUGUAUUGUUCUGUGCGAUUUAACUGUGACAUUUCACAUUUAUUUUAUUGUUUUUUGUUGAUUUAUAUUUUAAUAUACUGAAACACUUUGAAAAUGAACAUUUGAUUUUUUGUAAUAUUUGGCAAAAUGGCCACAAAAUUCUAAUUAAGAUUUCACAACAAUGUCGUUUAAUGGGUUCAAAUCUCAUUUUACACAAAAAGUCAUAUUUUCUGAUUUUUGAGAAAAGUUGAUUAUGCGUUUUCAUUGUGUGUCAGUUUAUCUAUUUAUUACAUGUGUCAUCAAAUAUUUCUGCAGGUAGGGUUCUGUCUCAUUCCUUUUGUAAAUAUGCCAACAAGAAGUUUGUCCAUCACAUAUUCAUAAUAUAAAGUUCAACACCUUAAACUAAUAUGUAUGCCAAAGAAAAAUCUGAUGCAGACUUUUAAGUCAAAGGCUUGGAACUGUUGUUGAGGUAAUGUUUCAUGCUUUGCUUUAAACCCUGUUUGUUUGAAACACACAGAUAAUGUAACAUAAGAAUGACCUAUAUUCUACAAGUUACCAGCUGUUGUCACUAUAUUUUGGAAGGAACUGUACGAUUCUAUUCAUGCCUUGAUUUAUACAUGUCAAAGAACCAUCCAGGUUUACUCAGUAUUACACUUUGGUGUAUAUCUAGUUAACUCAAUAUUUAUGACUUAUAUGUUAUAUGUCUUUGAAUAGAAGGAAAAAAUAAAAAUGGUUGCAAUAA